CUCUACAAAGCACUGAUUGUCACGUCAGACUUCUCGUCUUUCUCGUCAUUUCCUGUCUCUCCGCAUUUUAGGCAAUGGGGCGAGAUCUAGACAAGCCAAGAACUAAAGGGCCCUUCUCAUACCUAUCUGGCUAUCGUUGACAAGUUCCACGCUUCUACUCUGUCUACCGUCCGCCCUCCUCCUCUCCAGUCCUACCCCAAUCUUAGCGAUAUGUCGGCCCAGGAGGAAAAGCACCAUGUGCGCUGGUACCGCUCGUCGAUCUUUUCUGCUUUCUGUGUAGCUAUGACUGCCUUCACGUGCCCGGGAAUGUUCAGCGCUUUGAAUGGCAUGGGAGCAGGAGGUGGUGUGAGUCCGGGAACUUCAAACGCGGCAAAUGCAAUUGUUUUCGGAGUCCUUGCGGUGGGAAGUAUCUUUGCCGGGGGCUUUUCUAACCGUCUCACGCCCAAGUAUACGCUCUUGAUUGGUACCCUCGGCUAUACCCCUUAUGCUGCUGGACUGUAUGUUGUUGAUCGGUUUGGGUCUACCUGGCUUUUGCUCCUCGGUUCCGUUAUUUUGGGCAUCUCCGCUUGCUUCCUAUGGGUAUCAUCUGGAGCUAUUCUCUUGGGGUACUCUGAAGAGAACAGAAAGGGGACGGCCAUGUCCAUCAAGUUCGCUCUUCAAGCUCUUGGAGGCUCCGUUGGCGGGAUGAUCAGUUUGGGGCUCAACGCGCAGAGAAAUUAUCGCGGUGGAGUGAGCAGGCCCACGUACAUUGUCAUCAUGACGAUUAUGAGCUUAGGCUUUCCAUUUGCUCUGAUACUCCCGUCGGCCAAAAAUGUCCAACGAACCGAUGGACGGAAAGUGGUCCUGCAACAACAGCCUUCGUUGGCCAAAGAGUUCAACGUCCUAAAGGAGAUUUUUAAGAAGCCCGCCAUCUUGGCCCUGCUCCCUCUUAUUAUCUACGCCCAGUGGUUCUUGUCUUACCAGUGGCAGUUCAAUUUUGCAUACUUUACGGUGCGGGCACGAGCCCUGAACUCCCUUCUCUUCUAUCUUCUCGGACUGUUUAGCGCUCUCGGAAUGGGUCAAUUGCUAGAUAGUACUCGCUGGAGUCGACCAACCCGUGCCAAGAUCGGCCUUGUAAUAGUUACGUUUUUCACUGGCGGCUCCUGGAUACUCGGUCAAGCUGUCCAGGCUCAUUAUGAGAAAGUACAUCCGUCAAUUGAUUGGUCGGAUCAUUCUUACGGCCUUGGUGCAUUCGUCUUCUCACUUUGGGGGUUCUCUGAUCCGCUCGUCACUACAUAUAUGUUUUGGUUGAUAGGAAGCUUUUCCAACGACCUAAACGAG